AUGUCUGAUAAUGGCAACACUUCUUCAGAUGAUGGUUUGCAUAUAAAAGUUACAAUGAAUAAUGUAAGCAAUUUGCCUGAUAUUAAAAUUACUACUGAAGAUAAUACUGAAAUCCCAACAAAUAAUGAUGAAUCAAAAGAUAAGGCAAAUAAUGAAGACAAUAAUAAAUUGAUAGUUGAAGAUACUAGUGUUGUGGAAAUAAAAAGAAAUAUUAGUAUGCCAUCAAAUUUAGAAACUGUAACUGAUAAAAAUAUAAUAUUUAAAGAAAUUAUUGAUAAUGAUACAACUAUCAAUAAGGUAUUUUCUGUGUCUUCUGAUAACAUUGAAACAAUGAAUAAAGAUGAUACUAUAUUGAAUUGGUUAACAAUUGAAAAAUUACCAAAUAUAGAACAUUAUAGGCAAACUGUUCAUAAAAAUGUUAGCAGAAGACCAUCUAUGGGUGAAUUAAUUUUAGGAAAAGAUUUAAUAGGUUCAAGAAAAAGUUAUGCUGAUCUUGAAAAACAAGGAAGUGAAUCUAAAAUUAUUGAUAAUGGAAAUAUUGUUGUUGAGAAUGGUGGUAAUAGAUUUAAGAAAGAAAAAGUUAAAUUAAAUUUUUUUAAAGGAGUAUAUAUUCCAUCAUAUACAAAUAUUGUUGGUACUUUAUUAUACUUACGUAUGGGUUUUGUAGCUGGACAGGCAGGAAUUUUAGGUGGUGUUGGUAUUGUUACAUUUUCAUCAUUUGUCUUAGCAAUAACUGCUUUAUCACUUUCUGGAAUUAGUUCAAAUGGUAAACAUCAAGCAGGAGGUUUAUAUUAUAUUCUUUCAAGAUCUCUUGGACCACAUUUUGGUGGUUCAAUAGGAAUUAUUUUUUCAAUAGCUAAUGUUGCUAUGGCUGGUUUAUAUUUAGUUGGUAUUGCUGAAUUGAUAUCUGAUUUGUUAGUUGAAGCUGGAUAUCCAUUAUUAACAAAUGCCAAAAUUAAUGAUAUUCGAAUUAUUGGAUCUAUUUUAUUAUGUUUAUUAAUGUUAGUAUCAUAUGCUGGGCCUGGUGUUAAUAAUACAUUAACAACUAUUUUUCAUUCAUCAUAUUAUUUAUCAUUUCUUGAUUGGGUUAUUGGAACAUUUUUUCCUGUUAAUGAUUAUCAAUUUAUUAGAGGUGUUACAGGAUAUAGUUGGCAGACAGCUAAAGCUAAUAUGUUCCCAGAAUUUCGUAAUGAUAAUACUUUUAUAACAGUUUUUGGUGUUUUUUUUCCUGGAUUUACUGGUAUGAUGGCUGGUGUUAUGUUUGCAGAUAAUUUACAAGAUCCAGGAAGAGAUGUUCCAUUAGGAUUAUUUACAUCACUUGGAACAACAUUUAUUAUGUAUAUAAUUGGUGUUAUAGCAUCAGGAGCAACAAUGUUAAGAGAUGCAUCUGGUAUUGAAUUUCCAAAAAUGGAUAAUGAAAGUAUGAGUUGGCUUGAACCUGAAUGUUCAUUUAAUAAUACUUGUCGAUAUGGUAUAAUGAAUUUUUAUCCUGUUGCUGAAUUAGAAGCAGCCUGGAGACCUUUAGUUAUUGCUGGAAUGUUUGGUAUGACAAUUUCAUCAACUAUAACUAAUCUUGAUCAGGGACCAAUAAAUUUUUAUGCUGUAUGUAAAGAUUCAUUAUUUCCACAUUUACAAUAUUUUGCUAAAUUAGGAAAAGGUGACAUUCCACGACGUUCAUACAUUUUAUUAUCUUUUUUAACACUUGGAUUAAUUAUAUAUGGUGAUCUUAAUUCAAUUAAUAAUGUUGUUACAAAUCUUUUUAUGGCAUCAUAUCUUUUAGUAAAUUAUGCAUGUUUUGAUGCAUCAUUCGUUAAUUCACCUGGAUGGAGACCACAAUUUCCAUAUUAUAAUAAAUGGAUAGCAUUAUUUGGUGCUAUAUUAUGUGGUAUGUGUAUGUUAUUAAUAUCUAUAUGGACAACUGGUUUAAUUAUAAUAUUUUUUGUAUCAACAUAUGGAUAUAUGCAUUACCUAAGACCAGAUGUUAAUUGGGGUGAUUCACAUCAGGCACAUUUAUAUAUAAAUGCUCUUCAUUCAUUACAAAAAUUAACAAAUACAGAAAUUCAUGUAAAAAAUUAUAGACCACAAAUUUUAUUAUUAUCUGGAAAUCCAGCAAGUCGUCUACCAUUAAUUGAUUUUGCUAAUAGUAUAACAAAAGGUGAUUCAUUAUUAAUUGCAGGACAUGUUAUUCCAUAUAAUCAUAAUGAAAGAACAUAUAGUAUAAUGAAAAUGUUAGAAACAAAAAUGAAUCAUUUUUUACAUACUAAUAGAAUAAAAGCAUUUUAUAUGCCUUUAGUUAAUUUAAAAUUAAGAAAUGGUGUAAAAAAUUUUUUUCAAAUAUCUGGUUUAGGUAAAUUGAAACCAAAUGUUUUAAUAUUAGGUUUCAAAUCAAAUUGGAAAUUUGUUGAUGUAAAAAAUAUUGAAGAAAUUAAUGAUUAUGUUGGAAUGUUAAGAGAUGCAUUUUUAAAUAAUUAUGGUGUUGGUAUUUUAAGAAAUAGUGAUGAUUCUUUUGACUUUAGUCAAGUUUUGACUGAAUUAGAUGUUUAUAAAGCUUAUAAUGGUUUACAUUCUAGAAAAUCAAGUAAUACAAAAGAUGGAACUCCAAAUUCAACUCCAUUACAUACACCUUCAAAAAUUAAAACUAUGUUAGAAAAAACAUUACAUCAUCCAUCAAAUGAAAUGGAAAGAAAAUUGUCAACUGUUGUAAGGGCACAAAAACAGAUGAUUGAUAUUUCUAAUGAUGAAAAAUUAUUUAAUAAAACAUAUAAUUCUAGUACUACUUCAAUGAUAAAUUUAGGACUUGAAUGUUCCUCAUCAGAAUUUCAGUUAGGAGUUAAUUUAAAAGAAGAUGGAAAAUCUGAUAAUAAUGGUAUGCCACAGAGAAGAAAUUCUCAUAUUUCUAUGUCACAAAUGGUUCGUCAAGUUACACAAAACAGAUUAAGUUUUAAAAUGAAAAGUGAUUCUGAUAUAUCUAUACCUGAUAAAGAUACAAUUGAAAGAAUAAAUAAAUACCGAAUGAAACCAAAAAAUCCAAUUAUUGAUGUAUGGUGGUUAUUUGAUGAUGGCGGCCUAACACUUUUAAUUCCACAUUUGUUGCGGCUACCAAAGUCAUAUCUUGAGGGUGCAACAUUAAGAGUUUUUACCUUAGCAUCAUCACAGGCAUGUACUCAUGCUGAUGAACAACAAAUGGCAGCAUUACUUGCACAAUUUAGAAUUGAAUGUAAUGAUGUUAAGGUUAUUGAAGAUAUUUCUAAAAAACCACAUAAUAAUACAAUAAAAGAAUUUGAAACAAUGAUAUCUAAAUGGAAGGUAACAACAAAUACAACAGAAGAUGUUGAAAAAGGAUUUAUUACACCAGGAGCUGUACAACAUCAAAAAAAACGAACAUAUAGAGAAUUAAGAAUGAGAGAACUUCUUCUUCAACAUUCAAAGAAUUCAAAUCUUAUUGCUAUAACAUUACCUGUUCCACGUGAAGGAAUUCCUAGUUCCCUUUAUAUGGCAUGGUUAGAUAUGCUGACAAAAGAUCUUCCUCCAACAUUAAUGAUAAGGGGUAACCAAACCAGUGUUCUAACAUUCUAUUCAUAA